UUUAAAUUGAUUGACCCUAGAUGUACGUAGAUAAUAUACGGCAUCCUGUUUCUCACUUACGUAAAACAUGCAGCAUUUCAUGGAGGGUCAUGCCAAAAGUGGUCCAAUAUCUCGGUUGCCUCUCAUUACCAUCUCAGAUUCUAGCCAUCUUCUGCGAGAUGUCCCUGUUUGUCUGCCUUUUCAUUUGGAGCUGAAUUUCUUUAAUAAGGAGAACCGUGUCCUUCAUUAUCCUCUUAGAGCAUUUUAUUUGGAUGGCUUCAACCUGAUGGCAUAUAAUUUAUCUUCAGGAGCAGAUAAUCUUUACAAGAAACUUUACUCAACGAUUCCAGGAAAUGUUGAAUGCCUUCCUAAGAACAUGCUUUACAGUUCAAAGCAGCACUUGUUUUUAGUUGUUUUUGAACUAAGUGCUCCAAACGGUGUUGUGCAUGAAGUUGUUCUUUAUUGGGAACAAACAGAUCUACAAUCAGUUAACAGUAGAGGAAGCUCAGUGAAAGGGCGAGAUGCAGCAUUUUUGGGUCCUAAUGAGAACCAUUAUGCUAUUCUUGAGGAAGAUAAAAGUGGCCUUAUUCUUUAUACUUUAUCUCUACCUGAGAUGGCAUCUAAGGAAGUUACUGAAAAAAGUGGAGCCCUUGAUGAGAACACAUUUGCUCACAAAAGAUCUGGAUCAAGCUAUGGUCGUCUUCAGUUUGUUUUUGAAUCAGAAGUAGACCGCAUAUUUUCUACUCCAUUAGAAUCGACCAUUUUAUAUGCUAUACGUGGAAAUCACAUUGGGAUGGCCAAACUUCUUCAGGGAUAUCGUCUAUCAACUGAUGAUGGGCAGUUUAUUUCAACAAAAACUGAGGGGAAAAAGUUUAUCAAGUUGAAGCCAAAUGAGACUGUUCUUCAGGUACUUGUUUUUAUUACUUACUCUUCUGUGCAUUCAGAUUCUGCAUUUACUUAUGGGAUUGGGGGGUGGAAACAGAUUAGUUCAAUGUCGUACCUCUAAUUAUGCCAGUCAUUGUAUGCAGUCUAUUUGGCCUUAUUCUUUAGGUUUUCUUUCUGCUAUGUUGGUACUUGUUCUACAUGUUUUUUGGGAGUAAAAUGAGCAAAUUAGUUAUACAAGAUGGAGAGCAUCCAACCUCUGCUCUUGCUAGUUAAGAGAUAGCUGAUGUAUGGGACAAGAAUUUGAAUCAGUGCAGCUUGAAGAUUUGCCUCGAAA